AUGUUCACUUCAGGCAACGACCGCCGUCGGUGGCGCUUCCCCUGGUUCUGGAUGAUUACAGCGCUGGUGCUGGCGACCGCGUAUGCGGCAAAAAGAGCAGGGUUAUUUAGUAAAUCGGAAGAAAUGCGGGACACGGUUGUAGUUAUUGGAGGCGGCGCGGCAGGUCUUGCAGCGGCGCUGCAGUUGCUUGAGCAGCACGCUGCGGAUGCUGCGACGCCGCGGGGGACCAGUCCCGUGGUGCCGGAGUCCGGUGGGGAGUCCAGUGUCCGCGUGGUGCUCAUUGAGAAGGCACGGCUUGGUGGGAAUUCCCAGAAAGCGACCAGCGGUGUAAAUGCGGCGGCGACACGGUUCCAAGAAGAUCUUUCUAUUCCCGACUCCUCAGACCAGUUCGUCGACGACAUUUUGAGGAGCGGAAAAGGGUCAUCUGUUCCCACUCUGGCCCACGUCUUGAGUAGCCGAAGCGGUGCCGCCAUCAACCACCUGGCAAGCCGUCUCGACCUCGGCAUAACCGACGUAAACGCUUUGGGUGGACACAGCGUGCGUCGCACACAUCGAUUCCCUCCAUCCCGGACAGACCCCAAGCCAUUUGGUCUCAACGUUAUGUUGCCGCUCGCAGGAACUUUACGUCAAAAGGCGGCCGCUCAGAACCCUCAACUGGUGAUUAUGGAGAAGACCGAGGUUGUCGACAUCGGCUUCAAAUCCCUCACCGUUCCCGCCGGCUCCACUCAUCAAAUGAGCAGCCGACAGUACAAAUUGGCGGACUACGUCCAAGUCAAAGACCUCGAAGGACACCUGUCCACUAUUCCAGUCAAGUCGGUGGUCGUCGCCAGCGGUGGCUACGCCGGUGACUCGGGCUCAGACAGCUUCCUCUCCGUACUCAGACCUGACUUGGUUAGCUACCCCACUACCAAUAACCCGACGUCCUCCGGGGACUUACAUAGAAUUUUGAUCAAGAACGGACUCACCCCCUACGAACUUGACAAAGUCCAACUUCAUCCCACCGGCUUCGUCGACCUCAAGGACGUCAGAAAAUCUACCAAGUUCCUUUGCCCAGAAGUUUUUCGCAGUCUGGGUGCCAUCCUCCUCAACUCAAAGGGACUAAGAUUUGUCGACGAGCUGGAAACACGAGAUAAAGUGACUGCUGCUAUUAUCGAACAUGGCGGUCUGGAGUCCGAAUGGGGGCUGCGAAAAACCACAGAUCAGUCCACUGACCACCUUGACCGACUACCGACAUCUGACCAGCUGGACCAAUUGGAGAAGGAGCAGAGCCUGGCCCUCCUGGUAUUCGACGACGAUAUAGCAGAACGCUUCGGAAUUGCUGCCUUUGAAUUUUACAAGAGAAGAGGCUUCAUCCACACCAUCAACACGGCUGCCGAUUUCGGGGCAGUAGUGCAGACCUUCGAACACGAGGUCUUGACAGAGCAAUUCUGCAAGAGCAGCCUAGAGAAAAAAGUCGCGAAGGAGGGGACCAAGGAGGCAACGGAAGGGACCAAGGAGGCAACAGAAGGGACCAAGGAGGCAACAGAAGGGACUGAGAAGGCGGCGGAAGGGACCAAGGAGGCAACGGAAGGGACCAAGCAGGCAACGGAAGGGAUCAAGGCGGCGGCAAUCGAGGGCGCCGGAACGAAGGAGGCCCUGCAUGUUGCGUUUAUCACGCCCUCGUUGCACUAUAGUCUGGGCGGCAUGUUGAUUGACGAUACGUGCAGGGCACAGCAGGGCAACAAGGUCGUCGUCCCUAACAUGUUUGUUGCGGGUGAAGCUUCGGGUGGUCUCCAUGGCGCGAAUCGAUUGGGCGGUAAUGGCAUUACCGAAGGUCUCGUGUUGGGCACCCUGGCGGGUGAAAUGGCGGGUCAAGCGGACUGCCGUUUCCACCUGUGGCCCACGACCGGGAGCGUCAUGGUUCAGUCGCAGCUGCUGAGUAAAGAAAACGACCGACUGCGAAUAUUAUUGCCAGACCUUGCGGCUGUGCCCAAGCCUAAUCUGGGACUGGACCACUUGUUCGUCGAAGCCUGGCAUCAUGAUAGAGAGCCCAUCGAAUUUACCAGCAUACAAGUCGUUUCUGCCGAGCCCGGAGUACUCGUCCUGCAAGCUACUGGAGACUUCACCCGUGUCGAUGCCGGCGAUCGGGUUGUGUUUCACGUUACGGUGCACGACUGA